AUGGAACUAGGCAGAUGCGGCUACCGGCUGUCAAGCGAGCAGGUUGCUGCCCUCAGCACUUCCACGCUUGCGGAUCUCCGAGCUCGCUGCACGGCGACCGCAAUCGAGGACGGCUUCACCAAGGUCCCGGUGUCCGUCUGCUGCCUCGAAGAACACAAUGAUGGCAGCGUCACGUUCCCACCACAUGUCCCCUUAGAGGGGCUCAACUUGCCCGCGCCCUUUGACAACCGGAGUGCACCCCGUGUCCUGGACGAUUUCCCAGCUUUUAAGGGCGAACUGGACGAGUCUCGCAAGCAGAUCAGUGCCUGUAAUACCACCCUUAAUGCCUUGCGGGAGCGCGGGGCCGGGAUACUUUCUCUGUGUACUGGCUGGGGUAAGACGCUAUGUGCUAUAAGCGUCGCGUGCACCCUCCGGGUCAAGACCCUGAUUGUCGUGCACAAAGAGGUGCUCCUGACCCAGUGGGAGGAGCGCAUUGGGACCUUCGCCCCCGGAGCGCGCGUCGGCCGGAUACAGGGGGCAAACAUUGUCACGGAGGGCUGCCACUUUGUGAUAGGAAUGCUGCAGUUGCUGAGCAUGAGGAGCUACGACCGGGCCAUUUUUGACGACUUUGACCUCGUGAUCUUUGACGAAUGCCACCACGUGGCCGCAAAGGUGUUCUCGAGAGCCCUCAGCUACCUCUGCACGCCCUACUCUCUGGGGCUCAGCGCCUUUGUCGCCAGACGGGACGGGCUGACGGACGUCAUCAACUGGUACCUCGGAGAGGUCUGCUUCUUGGUCGAGAGAAAGGAAGAGAGUGGCGUCUCCGUGGAGGCGGUUCGUUACGACCAAGUUGUCUACAAGGAAAAGCCCCCCCUCUUCAAAAACGGGCAGCUGGCAAUCUGCAAGAUGAUCGACAUUCUCUGCAACGAUCCCCCGAGGAACAGCCUCAUAUUAGGCAAGGUGCGGAAGCUGGCAGCACAGGGGCGCUGCAUCCUGGUGCUAUCCGACCGAAGGAGCCACUGCAUCUCCUUGCAGGGGGCUCUCAAAGAAGGGGGGCUCGAGGCCGGCCUCUUCCUGGGCGGGACGAAUAGGGAGACCUUCAACGGUGUUGCAGAAGGCUGCCAGGUCAUCGUAGGGACGUACGCGAUCGCUUCAGAGGGCCUGGACAUACCCCGCCUGAACUCGCUCGUGAUGGCGACCCCCAAGAGCGACAUCCGGCAGACCGUAGGAAGGAUCACCAGAGGCAGUAAAGGUUGCCACUCCCCUCUGAUCGUCGACAUAGUAGACAAGUGCGCUGCAGCCCUCAACCGCUUCUUCUCCGCUCUACCCCCCAUCACUGCUGCCAUACCGCGUGGUCCCCUUGCAAGCAAGGCAAGUGGUCUGGUAAACGCCCUGCCACGAACAAAGUCUCCCCUGCAGAAAGCAUCGUGUCUUUGCCGCCAGAGCUCACUUGCUGCCUCUCUGAACACUCUUGAAAGACCCCCGAUGUACAGCAAGACAGCAGGGUGGAAAAAGCGCCUUGAGGCCCUCUGCAAGAAAGUGCACGAGCCUUACUCCAAGCGCCCCGCCUAUGGCCACUUCAAGCAGUCCAAAAUGCUCAGGGAUCGGAGCGCUCAGGUCACUGGGGCCCCGCUGCUCAACGCUGACCCCGUGAAGAUCGUGCAGAGGGUCAGCGUCUCCCUCUACGAAGGGGUCACGACAGAGGAGAUCGACGUCCUGACGUCAGAAGUUUCGGAAAGCCUCAAAACGCUUCACCCUGAGUACGGCAUCCUGGCUGCGCGCAUCGUGAUCUCGAACCUGCACAAGUCGACCCCCGCCACCCUGCGAGAGUCCGUCAGGCUCCUCGGCCCCGAGAGGUGGGACAAAGUGCUCUACGAGCGCAUCAUGAGCGACGACGGCCUCUGCGAGGUGCUGGAAAACGCCACGGACCACGCCAGAAGCUACUCCUUCGACUACUUUGCGGCCAAGACCCUGAUCAGGGGGUAUCUCCUCACCAAGGACGGGGAGCCGGCAGAAAGGCCGCAGCACAUGUGGAUGAGGGUCGCCCUGUCUCUGCACGGCCCUGAUGCCGACGGCUCGUCGCCGAAUUCAAUUGCUCGCACCCUGGAGUCCUACAACCUCCUGUCCUGCGGCUACUUCACGCACGCUUCGCCGACGCUCUUCAACGCGGGCACGAACCACCAGCAGAACAACUCCUGCUUCUUGCUGGGCAUGGGGACUCGAUCGAGGGGAUUUUCGACACGCUCAAGAACUGCGCACUCAUCAGCAAGUGGGGUGGAGGCCUGGGCGUCCACGUGCAUUCCAUCCGUUCAGACGGUGCAACCAUCAGGGGGACCAACGGGAAGGCAACAGGGCUCGUGCCGAUGCUGA